CGGGCUUGGACGACAUUCGUGAGUGUGGUGUGGACGGUAUACGACGACGACGACAAGACUCGCAACAUUUGACUUUGCAGCGGGGUUGGAGGAAUCAUGCACCCAUUGUUCUCGGCAUCCUUAACGUCUCAGAUCUGAGAGUUAUCAGCUGAAAAAAGAAGUGGAGAUCCAAGCAUAGGAGUUUAAUUGACUCUUUAUCGACAUGGCAGCAACUUUGUUACAUUCAAUAAAUAUAGGUCUAUCAUGCCAAAACGAAGAGCCAAAAGGACCACGAAAGAACCUCCUGCCUCUCUUGAGAGUAAACAUGAGCCCCUGGUUGAAAAGCAGCUGUAUUCUACAUUCAGUGAACAAGAAGUUGAACGUCGUGAAGCUGCAAUCCGUGCCAUUGGCAAUGGAGAGAUUGAAUACAUGCUGAGCCAUUUGCGUAAUUUGCAUUCGUUCUUCACAAAAGAGCAGCUUGAGACCCCCUUUCUACAGUUUAUAGAGGAAAAGUGCCCUAAUAUUAUGGUUGUCAAGCACGAUGAGUAUGGAGAAUGCCUUCUACAAUGGAAAGCUUUGGACUGCAGCCCAUCGCUUAGCUUCCCUGAGGACAAAACCAUGCUUCCACUAUUGGGACCCUGUGGUUCAGUUGGGCAACAAGGCUACUUGGCAUAUCCUCAUAAUUGUGAUACUCUGCCUGCUUUUGGUUGGCUUCCCAUUUUCAGUGGCAGAGAACAGAAUGAAGACUUCAGGUGCGCAGAUCCAGGAUUUUCUUUUUCAGAAUCAGGAAAAGAAAAUUCGAGGAAUCCAAGAUUCUUUUCAAACUCCUGGGGUUUGUAUACUUCACCCUAUUUCUUAUACAUCAUUUUCUGUUUUCAAUUGGUUACCUAUCAUGUGACUGGGGAACUACAACAAGUCCAAUGGGCUUGAUAUAAAGCUACAUUUCCAUCCAUUCCGUUGCAGGAUGGUCGAUGAUUAACAGGGUUGGAGCCCCAUAGACAUUCACCCUGGUAGAGUUACUCUCUAAUCUCUGACUUUGGGAACGGAUGUGGAUGUAGCUUUGAGUCCAUCCUUGAUUGAACCAUCAUGUACUUUCCCUUCCCAAUUUACUUGUAUCCUUUUUAUUACGUGAAUACUCAAGUACUCAGCACCAAAUUGUGGUCUAUUUGAUUUUGCUGACAGUAUAAUAAUAGUUAUCAGAUUGUUGUGCUUCA